GGAUCGAGGUGGGGGUUUGCGGCCCUGUUUCUUUGGAUCUCGAUCUGGCCAUGGCGGAGCCUUCCGAUCGUCGGUUCUUGGUGGGCUACGCGCUCUUGCCCGAGAAGGAGCAGAGCUUCAUCCGGCCCUCUCUCGUGACCACAGCUCGUGACCGCGGCAUUGAUCUCGUCCGCAUCGACUCCUUGCGGCCCCUCAUCGAGCAGGGCCCCUUCGACUGCGUGAUCCACAAGCGCCAAGACGAAAAAUGGAGGCUCCAGCUCAUCGAUUUCAGAGCCAAGAACCCCAGCGUACCCAUCGUCGACCAAACCCUCCACAAUAUCAAUCUCCUCCUCAACCGCAUUACCAUGCGGGAGUUCGUCUCCAAGAUCAAUAUACAUCCUGGAACAGAGACCUUCGGGGUCCCAAAGCAGAUGGUGAUCUACCACCAGAACAAUGUCUUGCACAAUUACUAUGAGAAGAUCGAGUCCUGCCUCGGGUUCCCCAUCAUCGUCAAGCCCGUCCGCUGCAACACAAGCAAUAAGUCACACAGGAUGACCUCUCGCCUUGGUACUAUCCUUUCCAUGCCAUGGCUCCAAUUUCCCAUGGUUCUACAGCAGUUCGUCAAUCACGGCGGGGUCGUUUUCAAAGUCUACGUCGCAGGAAAUUACGUGCAGUGCGUGAAAAGAAAGUCCCUCAAGUUGCAAAGGCGGGUUGAUCCAGCCCGUGGGGUCGUUUUCAAAGUCUACGUCGCAGGAAAUUACGUGCAGUGCGUGAAAAGAAAGUCCCUCAAGGAUAUACGCAGCGAUGAUCUCUUUCCCUUUACUUACUCUCGUGUACCCCCUGGACCCUAUCAGAACCCUGAAGACGUCGAAUAUGCUGAAAAUCUUGAAGCGGCAGAGCUUCCUUCAUCGAGCUGUCAGAACCCUGAAGACGUCGAUGACGAAGAUGUAGAAGCAACAGAGCUGCCUCCACUGAGCUUUCUCGAGAAGAUAGCAAGGGGCUUGCGGCAGGCUACGGGCUUGCGCCUCUUCAACUUCGACAUGAUAAGGGAUGCGGAUGCCCGCGACCAUUACUUCAUCAUCGACAUCAAUUACUUCCCCGGCUACUCCAAGAUGCCUGGUUAUGAAGAAUUUGUAACCAACUUUUUAUGGGACAUGGUUCAUGAGAAAGGGGAAUCUGAUGCUGGCAGUUCUUCUUUCUCCGCCACGGACUGAUGGGAUG